AUGCGUGUCCCUCCGGGCGGCACUUUCAGCCACGUGGACUGGGAGCCCUUCCGUCCUCCCUCAGGGCUGAGCCAGGAGGCAGAGGGCGCUCGGGGUCCCCGCGUGCGCACGGCCUUCACGGCGGAGCAGGUCAGCUCCCUGGAGCGCACCUUCCGGCACCGCCGCUACCUGGGCCCGCUGGAGCGCCGGAAGCUGGCCCUGGAGAUGCAGCUGUCCGAAGUGCAGAUCAAAACCUGGUUUCAGAACCGCCGCAUGAAGCACAAGCGCCAGCUGCGGGCCUCCCGGCUGAGCACGUCCUUCCCGGCUGCGCAGCGUGCGCCCCUGGCGCUCUGCCCCCCGCCCUCUGCCCUGGGCUGCGGCCUGCAGCUGCUGUGCCCUUGGGCAUCCCUGCCUGGGCCCCGGGCUCCGGCCCAGCCUGCGGGCUCCUUCUGGGGCCCCUGCUGCAUGGAGCCAGCCCCCCUGGCUUUGGUUGACCCCAGAGCUGGAAACCAGGAAGGAGCCGUGACGGCGGGGUUCCACGGCGAGGUCGCCUCCAGCCAGAGCGCCUGUGAGCCGGAGACUGUGCUCCCUGCGCUGUCCUGCUCCUUCCCUUGGACGGUGUCCCCGGAGCAGGAGAGGAGCUCUCCCUCCCCGCGGUAG